GCCUCCCCUGCCCCGCUUUAUCUGCCUGCGCGGCCCGGGAGUGGUCGCGGAAUAUACCGGGUGAAUACAAACACCAAACGAGCAGAGCUUCUGCUGCCGCUCCUCGUCCAAGGCUCGAGCUAACCGUCGCCGGCGGCCAUGGUCGCUGCCGUGUCGCCUCCGGGCGCGGCGGGGGCGGCGACGAUCAUCGCCUCGUUCCACGGCACCCACUGCGCGUCCCCGUCCCGCGCCGCCGCGCCCAGGCCGCGCUACCACGGCGGCACGUGCUGCUUCGCCGCCAAGCCCACGCCGGCGGCCGCGGUGGCGUCCGAGCCGGGCCAGGACCAGGACCUGGACGACGAGGGGGGCGUCCUCAGCGCCGCCAACGGCGCGGACGCGACGCCGUCCACGCGGAAGAAGCGCCGGGCCCGGAAGGGCAAGAGGUCGGCGGCCGCGCUACAGCAGGAGGCGGCGGAGGAGGAGGCCAGGAGGAAGGCCGAGGAGGAGGAGGCGGCGGCCAAGAAGAAGAAGGCGGAGGAGGAGAGCCGGGCGGCCUCGCUGGACCUGGACGAGGUCAUGGCCGUGAGCCCCGUGGGGCUGGGCCGGCGCUCGCGGCAGCUGUUCGACGAGGUGUGGCGCAAGUUCUCGCGCCUGGGCCAGAUGUCCAGCGCCUCCGCCACCGAGGCGCUCGCCGAGGCGGAGCAGGCCGUGCUCAGCCGCGGCGGGCCCAUGUGCGAGUUCACCGUCCCCGGCGCCCAGGACACCACCGUCCUCGUCGUCGGCGCCACCAGCCGCAUCGGCCGCAUCGUCGUCCGCAAGCUCAUGCUCCGAGGCUACAAUGUCAAGGCUUUAGUUAGAAGGGACGAUGCCGAGGUGAUCGACAUGCUUCCGAGAUCGGUGGACAUCGCUGUUGGCGAUGUUGGUGACCCUUUGGCUGUGCAAUCGGCCGUGUCAGGUUGCAGCAAGAUUAUCUAUUGCGCAACGGCGCGCUCAACCAUCACCGGGGACCUCAACAGAGUUGAUAACCAAGGGGUCAGGAAUGUCAGCAAGGCUUUCCAGGAUUACUACAAUGAGAUGGCUCAGCUCAGGGCUGGUAAAAGCAGCAAGAGCAAACUUUUGAUAGCAAAAUUUAAAUCUGCUAAGUCUCUGAAGGGUUGGGAGGUGAACCAGGGAUCUUACUUCCCGAAUGCCUAUGCUUCUGGUUCUAGUUUCGAUGAAGGUAUCGAUGCAUCCUUUGAAUUUUCAGAAGGUGGCCAGGCCGUUUUUGCAGGAUUUGUUUUUACAAGAGGUGGAUAUGUCGAGAUAUCAAAGAGGCUAUCUCUCCCUUUAGGUUCCACCCUAGACAGGUACGAUGGCUUGCUUCUUUCAGUGGGAGGAAAUGGAAGAUCAUAUGUUGUUAUUCUUGAGACUGGUCCAUUGGCUGACACCUCCCAGAGUAAGAAGUAUUUUGCUCGGAUGACUACAAAAGUAGGCUUUUGUAGGGUAAGAGUGCCUUUCUCGGCUUUCCGUCCAGUAAAACCAGAAGAUCCUCCCCUAGACCCUUUUCUUGUGCAUACCUUCACCAUUAGGUUUGAACCAAAAAGGCAGAGACCUGGUGAUGGAACCCAAGGUGCCACUGACCCCAGAAAUUUUGAGCUGAUACUGGAGUACAUCAAAGCUUUACCCACCGGUCAAGAAACAGACUUCAUACUGGUCUCAUGCACAGGUUCUGGAAUUGAACCUAACAGAAGAGAACAAGUUCUCAAAGCAAAGAAGGCUGGAGAGGAUGCGCUGAGAAGGUCAGGCCUUGGAUACACAAUUGUACGGCCUGGUCCACUGCAGGAAGAACCUGGCGGUCAGCGUGCACUGAUCUUUGAUCAAGGAAACAGAAUCUCUCAGGCUAUCAGCUGUGCGGAUGUAGCAGAUAUCUGUGUCAAAGCAUUGCAUGAUUCCACGGCGAGAAACAAAAGUUUUGAUGUAUGCUAUGAGUAUGUUUCUGAGGAAGGGAAUGAACUGUAUGAACUUGUGGCUCAUUUGCCAGAUAAGGCUAACAACUAUCUUACACCGGCACUAUCGGUUCUAGAGAAAAACACCUAAUUCAGAUUUGUGUCAUAUACGGGUCGUAAUGUGUAUACUCUUCCUCUUGUAAGGUUACAUGUUUUCCUCAUAGAAGCCUUGUGGAAUUCACACGACAAGCCCUUUUUUCUUGUAAAGAUCAUCGAUGGGAUCACUUCACAGAACAAAUUCGGCCACUGUAAUGGUAUAUUCUCUUGUUUCUA